CAACUUUUGUUGCUACGUCGAUCGUUUCUGUCAAGCCUUGCCGGCGAUGAAUUAAUUUUUAUUUAUUUCCUAAGAAGAAAGUUAAAGAUAUCCCGGAAAUAAAUUUCGAAUAAAGUGGGAUUAUACUAAUUCUACUAUUAAAAUGUACUUUCGUGCAUUUUUAUUAGUAAGCAUCCUAGCACUAGGCAAUGCCAACACAUUGCAAGGCACAAUCGACGUAAAGCGGCUGGAGGGCAUCCUGCAGGAGAACCUGAAGAGCAAGGACCUCAGCUCCCUGUACUAUGCAGUGAAAGGCCUGAAGCAGCUCAAUGCCAAGAUCCCUAACAUCUGUGAGGACUUAAAAACCAUAAAAUACGACCUCAAGAACAUUGAGCAAGUUUACUACCUCACCAACACAGCAGCCCUCUCCAACUGCCUAAACUCCCUCAAGCCAGAGGUCUUGAGCGCCCCGGCCCAGACCCUGGACAAGAAGGAUGCCACCAUCCCGGAGCUGUACUAUUCUGUGUACUCGCUGAAGGCCCUCGGAAAGGGCUCAGUGUAUGACAAGGAGGAUGGCCUUAAGAAUCUCAUUCAGUUGCUGAAGAAGGACGAUUCUCCAGCUAAUUACGGCUACGUGUUCGGGCUGUGCGAGCACAUGGGCUGCGCGGCGUGGAGCGCGCAGCACGCGGAGGGCGUGCUGCUGGCCGCCGACGAGAGCGACGCGCGCGCGCUGCACUUCGAGGGCGGCCUGCCCGUCACCGCCCUCGUGCUGUCCACCGUGCUCAGGACAUACAAGUCCCUGUCGAAACCGUCACCCUUGACUGAGGAGCAGAAGCUGAAGUUCGCCACGUACCUGGUGUCCCGGCGCUCCGUGAACACGGCCCGAGGGGCUGCCCUGCUGCUGGAGGCUGCCCAAGCUCUUGCCGACGACCAGCCAUCCCCCAUCUCCAUCGUCAUCAAGGGCAAGAAGUACAUCUCGUCCGACUCGGACUCCAUCGAGAUCUCCAUCACGGACCUGCUGGGCCGCCCCGUCAAGGGCCUGAAGGCCGACAGAGUCCUCGCGCAGUCCGGCACCAGGCUCGCCGACGACGUCGUCGUGCUGUCCAAACAACCUUUGACACAGAAGCCAAACGAGCCUACGACUUUCAUCCUCAACUUGAGCAAGAUUAAAGCUCAAUAUGGCUUGUACAAGAUAGCCCUAAGUGCGGAUAGCAAGACGGCGAGCGUGAAUGUAGCAGUGCUGGGAGAGAUCCAGGUGGGCAGCGUGGAGGUGGGCAUCGGGGAUGUGGACGGAACGACCAGUCCGAAGCUCACCACGGUGGCCUACCCCAACAAGCUGGCCGAGAAGCUGCAGGCGGAUCAUAUGCAGAAGGUGACCCUGAAGUUUACGGUGAAGGACAAGUACGGAGCCGCGGUGCUGGUGCAGCAGGCCUUCGUACGCGUGGCGGCGGCGGCAGGAGACCUCGAGGCCAUCUUCGUGGCCGAGCCCGACAACGCCAAGGCCUACAAGGUGGACCUGAACGUGGGCGCCAUCUCGAAGCACCUGCAGCACCGCUCGGGCGCGUACUCGUUGACGCUGUUCCUGGGCGACAGCGCGGCGGCCGCGCCCGUGGCCUGGCGCCUCGGGGACGUGCUCUUCAACUUCGGCCAUGAGGGCGCAGCGCCUGCCGGCGCCGCCCAGCCCGGCCGCGGGCCGCUGCCGCAGAUCGCGCACGAGUUCCGCUCGGCGGAGCCGCGGCCGCCGCGCCUGGUGUCCGACGUGUUCGCGGUGGCGUGCGCCGCGCCGCUGCUGCUGCUGCUCGUGCUGUGGGCCAAGCUCAGGGUCAACCUGUCCUACAUGCCGUUCACACCCAGCAUGCUGUUGUUCCAUCUGAGCUUGGGAGGUGCCCUGGCGCUGUACGGCGUGGUGUGGCUGCGGCUGUCCAUGUUCGAGGCGGCGCGCUGGCUGCCGCCGCUGGGCGCCGCCACGUUCCUGGCCGGCCAGCGCCUGCUGCGCCGCCUCGUGGCCGACAAGCGCCGCCCGGCCGCCUGAACCCGCGUCAAGGGACCGCCAGCAUAGCCGAGACCCAAGAGCAGUUGACCGAGCUUCCCUGCGUCUUCAAAUUCGAGGUCAAUAUCCGUUCAAUAUUACCUGCCACACCUAAAUACUUAGCCCAAAUGUGUACACGUCAAAAACUGCCUGAAAACGGGUCAUCUGCGAGUGAGAAUAUGUGUUAGGCGGAUUCUUGCUAAACAAACUAUUAAUCUCUAAUUUACGUCCUAAAUAAAUACACCCAAGUAGGUAAUAUUGAAUGCCGCGUUUGUAAAGUGGGAUGUUGUUAAAUAAGUUUCAGUAUGACCAUGUAUUGUUUUCGACAGUACGUAUAGACUACUAGAUCUUUUAAUGAUUGACCUCAAAUAUAGGGAAAAUAAACGCAUGGAAUUACUGAACUAUUUGUAACAAUAGAAAGUGAAGUGAGAUUUAUAAACACUAAGAUACAAUUACAAUAUCUAAAGUUGAUUUAAAGUAAUGUACUAAAAACUAAAACUAGAUACAUUUCUAAUCAUUAGAUUAGAAGUUUAUGUAGCAAGGCGAAGAGGAUGAAGUGCGCCAUGUCGUCUAAGUGCACCGAUCGCACACACUUACCCUUUUAUUCAUAAACGUGUGCUAAAGUUGACAAGCCGGUAACAAUCGUUUGUUUGUCCUUUUCAUCAUACCGAUACGUCGGAAAGGGGGUAAGACGGCAUGGCGCACUUCGCCCCCCUCACCUUUAAUACAUACGUACAUAUUGGACUGUGUGCACAUAGAGUGCAUGACAUUACAGUCAAAACAAUAACAUAUACUAUUUAUUUGUUCGUGUGUAUGUGCAAUCAAUGUGCUCUUAUCAUUGUUUUUACCAAUCGGAAAGCGGUGUCUACUGCCUUUUUCUCACGAAAUUAUAUAAAAAAAUACGUGUGGAUUGAGUUCUCUUAUGUAAGUUUAUGUCAUUCCUCGUUCUCUGUAGCAUAUUUCGUUGCUUAAGAAUUAAUCAAUGAAGUAUGCUUCAGGGUUCUAAUAACUAGAUUUUAUAAAAUAAAGAUGUUGGUUCUUUUAA